CUCCCCGUCUCAUCAAAUCCAAGAAACCAAGAACUCUCCACAAAGGGUAGCAGCAGCCCGCAGCUAAUCGCUGGGCAAGCUAGCACGAUCUCGGUAGCUUUCGGACUGCAGGCGGCGGCCAUGUCUUCCUCCCCCGACCUCGCCCGCGUCCUCCCCCGCGUGCUCAUCGUCUCCCGCCGCACCGUCCGCAAGAACAAGUUCGUCGACUUCGUCGGUGAGUACCACCUGGACCUCAUCGUGGGGUACGGCGCGGUGCCGGUGAUCGUGCCGCGCGUGGCCGGCGUGCACACGCUGCUAGACUCGUUCGAGCCCAUCCACGGCGUGCUCCUCUGCGAGGGCGAGGACAUCGACCCCUCCCUCUACGAGUCCUCCGACGCCGGCGACGGCGACGGCAGCGCGCUCUCGCCGGAUCAGCUCGAGGCCGUGCGGCGCCUGCACCCGAGCGACGCCGCCAUCGACCACGAGAAGGACUCGAUCGAGCUCCACCUCGCGCGCCGCUGCCUCGAGCGCAACAUCCCCUACCUCGGCAUCUGCCGCGGCUCGCAGGUGCUCAACGUCGCCUGCGGCGGCUCGCUCUACCAGGACGUCGAGCACGAGCUGGGAGGCGAAGCCGUCCAGCACAUAAACUACGGCGACUACGAUGGGCACCGCCACCCGAUCCGCGUCCUCCCGGGCACGCCGCUGCACGAGUGGUUCGCGGACGACCUCGCCGACGGCGAAGACGGCGGCAAGCAGCUGAUGGUGAACAGCUAUCACCACCAGGGCGUGCGGCGGCUGGCGCAGCGGUUCGUGCCCAUGGCGUUCGCGCCGGACGGCCUGAUCGAGGGGUUCUACGACCCGAACGCGUACAACCCGGCGGAGGGCAAGUUCAUCAUGGGCCUUCAGUUCCAUCCGGAGCGCAUGCGUAAGCCCGGCUCCGACGAGUUCGACUACCCGGGCUGCGCCAGGCCCUACCAAGAGUUCGUCCGCGCCGUCGUCGCGUACCAGGAGAAGCAGCUCGCCGCCGCGCGCGUGCCCCGGAGCGCCGUCCCGACGUCGCCGAAGCUGAACAAGGAGAUGGAGAGGCGGCGCAGGGUCAUCUUCCGGAGCUUCUCCCUCGCCAAGGACAUGUACCUCUCCGGCGGCCGCACGAAGCCGGCGGAGCCGCGCGACCUCGACGCCGGCGCCGAGUUCCUCGAGUCGAACACGGCGUCGCUGAGCGUGCAGCAGGAGAAGCGGCUGAAGCAGAUGGGCGCGACGGUGCGGAACGCGUCGGGGUACCUCAACAGCCUGAAGGUGAACAACGGGCGGGAGGCGGCGGCGCGGGCGCUCAUGGCGGAGAUGACGGUGGACCAGCUCUCGGACCUCGCCUCCUUCUAUCAGACCAUGGGAAGGAUCUGCUCCGAGGUGCUCGACAGGAAGCUGCAGGCGUUGCAGCUGCGUGAGUGAAAACUCCAUCGGGAGCGUGUCCUCCGUGUCAGCUCGGGAGCUUGUUUAAUUUGCGUCCUGAUGUUAUUAGUAUUAGCAUGAAAAAAUCGAGCGUCAAAGGCAAGUGUUUUUUUGGUGGUUAAUGUUAACGCCAUGAUGUUCGAGAAGUGUUGCGGUUUC